CCCACCCACCAAAUAUCUCCUCGAUUUCCAUUUUCUAUUCUCAUAAAACUCUAAACCCCGAAUUUCAGUGUCGUAGGGUUUCGCUUUCCAUUUUCUCACCACACCAUGUUAACCGCAGUCCUCAGAAGAACCAGUUCCACCCUCUCAAGGCGCGGUUUCCCCGCCGCCUUAAUCUCUGCCUCCACCGCCACCGCCACCGCCACCGCCGGCAACCACUUCCGGCUACUCUCCGCUGCCGUCAAUUCCAGAACCUUCCACUCCAACCCUGGCCCCUUGAAUUUCCGCGCCUCUUCAUGUCACCGCGCGGAAUACGCCGUGGACGAUUUCCCUUACGAAGAAGGGUCCAAAGGAAACGCCGACGAAGGCCUCGAGAUCGCGAAGCUCGGAAUUUCGCAGGAUAUUGUCUCCGCUUUGGCCAAGAAAGGCAUCACCAAGCUCUUCCCCAUUCAGAGGGCUGUGUUGGAACCUGCUAUGCAAGGUCGUGAUAUGAUUGGUCGAGCUAGAACUGGAACUGGGAAGACUCUUGCUUUUGGGAUACCCAUCAUGGAUAAGGUCAUUCAGUUUAAUGCUAAGCAUGGGCGGGGGAGGGAUCCUUUGGCUUUGGUGUUGGCUCCGACCAGAGAGCUUGCGCGACAGGUUGAAUCAGAGUUCUGUGAGUCGGCACCUAAUUUGGAUACAAUUUGUGUUUAUGGGGGUACACCCAUUUCUCAGCAGAUGAGGCAGCUUGAUUAUGGGGUUGAUAUUGCUGUGGGGACGCCUGGUCGGAUUAUUGACCUUCUCAACAGAGGUGCGCUAAAUUUGAAGGAUGUUCAGUUUGUUGUUCUUGAUGAAGCUGAUCAGAUGCUUCAGGUGGGCUUUCAGGAAGACGUGGAGAAGAUCUUGGAGAGGUUGCCCCCAAAACGUCAGACUCUUAUGUUCUCUGCAACAAUGCCAUCUUGGAUAAAGCAGAUUUCGCGCAAUUACUUGAAUAAUCCCCUAACCAUUGAUCUUGUUGGAGAUUCUGAUCAGAAAUUGGCAGAUGGAAUUUCACUGUACUCCAUUGCAACUGAUUUGUAUGUUAAAGCGGGAAUUCUUGCACCUCUAAUAACAGAACAUGCAAAAGGAGGAAAGUGUAUUGUUUUCACUCAAACAAAACGUGAUGCUGAUCGAUUAUCGUAUGCCAUGGCAAGAAGUGUUAAAUGUGAGGCUUUGCAUGGAGACAUAUCACAAGCUCAAAGGGAGAAAACUCUUGCUGGCUUCAGAAAUGGCCAUUUUAAUGUUUUAGUGGCAACUGAUGUUGCCUCACGUGGGCUUGAUAUACCUAAUGUUGAUCUUGUAAUACAUUAUGAUCUUCCCAACAAUUCAGAGAUAUUUGUUCAUCGUUCUGGACGAACAGGUCGUGCUGGUAAGAAAGGAACUGCAAUUCUUGUGUAUACAGAAGAUCAAUCGAGGGCUGUUAAGCUUAUAGAGCGUGAUGUAGGCAGUAGAUUUUCAGAGCUGCCACGGAUUGCUGUUGAUAGUGCAUCAGCGGUCAUGGUUGAUAGCAUGGGUGGCGGGCGAUUUGGUUCUUUUGGAGGUAACAGGGAUCGUCGAUACGGUGAUAUGGGUUUUGGAUCUGGCCAUUCUGGGGGUUACAGUAACCCUGGUUCUGGCCGCUCUAGCUUUGGAAAUUCCGGUGAAAGGUUUGGUGGACAGAAUUAUAAUCGUUUUGGCUCAUCUGGUGGCUUUGGUUCUGGUCAAUCAGGAAGUAGAUCUGGUGGAUCAUCCAGCAGGUCUAGGUUUAGUCGCUCAGAUGAUUUUGGGGGAUUUGGUGGUUCAGAUCGUUCGGGUGGUUUUGGAGAUUUUGGCUCAGGUCAGUCUAGUGGCUUCGGUGGUUCUCGUGGUAGUAAGCAGAACAAUAGAAGACCUUUUUAACUUAAAUAAAUAUAAAUAUAAAAAAAUGCACCAUCCUUAUUUCUUGGUGGCUUAGCUCUUGUAGAGUUUUCUUCUGUCAUUUCCUCUAAAAUUCGAGUCCUCUUGGCUAAUCCUUGUAUUACUAAGGAUUUUAGAAGACAGCAGUUCUACGGCCACUGGAAUUUUCUUUUCUGGGACUUUUGGCUCAGUCUCAGCUGUAUUGUUCUUUUGGAAACAUUUAUAAAAAAAAGAGAGAGAGAGAGAAAAAAGGGAGGGGGCUGUAUUCAGCGGGUUUUCAUCAUCUGCCAUGGCUCAUUACUUCCAUGAUCUUGAAUAUGCUUGUACGUCACCAUGGGCAGUUUUAAAGAGGCAGCUAUAUUUAUAUUUCUGUUCCUUAAAGUAGUAGUAGUUAAGGUCAGAUAAAAUGUCUUAGAAAGCUGCAUUGUAGGGUGCUUUGCAGUUUUAUUUUAUACUACAAUUUUUUUAUGCAAGAAAAUUCUUAUCUAAUAUGUAAUUUUACUUUCAACAAUUUGUUUUUCGCCCCUACACCCUGGGUUACUUAAGGGGUUUGAUUAAAUAAUUUGAGAAUCACGUUGAUUA